AUGCUUCCAGGCUACAGUCCUGUGACCCAGGCCCUGCUGGGGACUCUGUUCACCUGGGGCCUGACUGCUGCCUUUGCUGCCCUGGUCUUCAUCUUUUCCAGUCGACAGAUGCGGAUCUUGGAUGGAAGUCUGGGCUUUGCAGCUGGGGCGAUGUUGGCGGCGUUCUAUUGGUCGUUGCUGGCGCCGGCAGAGGAUUCGGGAAAGUAUGGCUCAUUUGCGUUCGUUCCCGUGGCGGUGGGCUUUGCCCUGGGCGCGGCCUUCGUCUACCUGGCUGACCUCAUGAUGCCUGCUCUGGGCAUAGGGGUGGACCCCCACAUAGCCCUGGCCCUUCCUCCAGAGUCACGCGAAGAUCUUCUCGACCCUAACCAGUCAGGCUUCAAAACGGGUCACUCAGCUGAGACUGCAUUCAUCUGUGUCACAGAUGAUAAGCUMGAGAACAGAGGAGACGUGUACCAAAGGAGGAAAGGCCCCUAUGCCGAUGCUGGCUCUUCAGACUCCGAGGGACAGGAAGUGGGCAGUCGGCAACAGGAUGGUGCAGGGCAAACAGGAAGCAGCUGGAGGCGCAUCGUCCUCCUGAUCCUGGCCAUCACCAUCCACAACAUCCCAGAGGGCCUUGCUGUUGGUGUAGGGUUCGGAGCCAUAGGAGAGACCUCAUCGGCCACGUUCGAGAGUGCCAGAAACUUGGCCAUUGGCAUAGGUAUCCAGAAUUUCCCAGAGGGCCUUGCGGUGAGCCUCRCUCUGCGAGACGCAGGGAUGUCCACGUGGAAAGCCUUCUGGGUGAGUAACACUUCUCUGUAUGGACAGCUCAGUGGUAUGGUAGAACCAAUCGCCGGGUUGCUAGGCGCCGUUGCCGUGGUGCUGGCGGAACCACUGUUGCCAUACGCCCUGGCCUUUGCUUCCGGGGCCAUGGUGUAUGUGGUGGUUGAUGACAUCAUCCCAGAGGCUCAACUCAGUGYGAACGGUAAGUUGGCUUCCUGGACCUCCAUKCUGGGCUUUGUAGUGAUGAUGUCACUGGACYUUUGUAACGCUUGUCGUGGUUGGAAGAAGAGGAGGACCAAUGCGCAGCGUGCAGCCUGUGCAGCGGUGGAGGGAGAGGCUGAGGAACGCCGGAGGAAUGUUGCUGUGUUACCGGAGAGGCAGACUGACUGA